GUCGGAAACACAACAACCAUCAUGGCACGGAAGCGAAAGUUGCAGACGAAAGCGCAGCGCAUCAAGGAGGUCGGCGCAGAGAUCGAGGCGUUCAUUGAGGAACAGGGAGAAGCUACUAAGCUCCAGAACUAUGGAGACGAGCAUCUGUUCGCGAUAGAUACGGCUGGGACCACGAGCAAGAAGGCCAAGAUCACCAAGGACCCGGCAGUUUGGUCCGGCAAAUUUAAACCGGAGAAGGCCAAAGGCUUGAAGUCUGCGAUCAAACGAAUUCAAGCCAAGCCAGUGGUUGUCACCAAACCCAAGAAAACCCCCGUGCUGGAAGCAUUGUGGGACGCUGAAGGCCAUGCUGCCACGCCUGCGUGGACCAAAGAUGUUGACGAGUAUGUGGCUCCUGCCAUCAUCAAAAAGAAGGCGCCGCUGAGCAAUGCGCCGUCUACCAAGCACAAGGUGAAGGCCGUCGAAGUGGCUGUGGACGGACAGUCGUAUCACCCUGAAGCCGCCGCACAUCAAGCCGUGUUGGCGCAAGCACAAGCGAAAAUUGAGGCCAAGCAAAAGCAGCGCGAAUUGGACCGGGCUCCUCUCGCCACCGGCAUCUCGAAUGACUACAUCAUGGAAUCCUCGGACGACGAAGACGGCGAAGACGACGAGACCAAGGACAACGAGGACAAGCCCAAGCUCAAAGCAAAAGAAAAACUCACGCGCAGCGACCGCAACCGACAAGCACGACACAAAGCGUUGGAAAAGCAGCUCGAACACCAGCGCGCCAACAAGAAGCUGCUCAAGCAAAUCAACAACGUCAAGACUUUGGAGUCGAGUGUGAAAAAAGACGAAAAAGUGUCGGCGAAUAAGCAGCAGCUGAAGACGCUCCUCAAGAAGCAGAAACUCGAGGAAGAGCCGGAAGUCAUGAUUGCCGGCAAGAAGCGAAAGGUCGAACGACCGACGUUGGUUGCGGCGCCGUCCGAACUCAGCGGCAACGUCCGUUCGCUCAAGGUUUGAAGCGUCUUGAAAGGGAAGGGCUUACACGUGAAUGAUCUGCAUAGCCCAAGGGAUCGGCCAUGAAGGACCGAUACGACAGUUUACUCAAGCGGAACAAGAUCGAAAUCGGCAAAACGACGCGCAACAAGUCCAAGUGGACCAAGUUUAUUCCUCGACACAAGUACAAGGACGAUUUCUCUGUGUAAAUCCGUCGCCGCGACAACAAUGCGAGCGCAUGUGCUAGAUAGACUGACUCGGAAUAUAUCAAACCAAUUGUGCAAGAUGCUGCUGACACUUGCGCUCCGUGGCACUCGAUGCUCG